AUGGCCCUGCUGGAGGCGGUGGAGGAGGCGUCGCUGCCCGCCGCGCCGGGGCUGCUGACGCAAGGCGUGGUGCACCCGCACCUCCCACAGCCCUCCGACGGAAAGCCCCUCGACAGCUGGCGCAGUGAUGCAGGAACUACCCAGACACCAGCUCAUCCUGACUGUGGUGUGUGUGUGUGUAUAGAGAGAGAGAGAGAGAGAGAGAGAGAAGGUAUAUCUUGCACCAUCCCACCUUGA